AUGUCGUUGCGUGAAACCAAUCUAGAUGGCAUUCUACCAUUGGUAGCCAGAGGGAAAGUUAGAGAUAUUUACGAAGUUGACUCAAAAACACUCCUUUUCGUAGCCACAGACCGCAUUUCUGCUUACGAUGUUAUCAUGGAAAACACUAUCCCUGAGAAGGGCGUUAUCUUGACCAAAUUGUCGGAAUUUUGGUUCUCAUAUCUUAAAUCGGAUGUUCGCAACCAUCUGGUGGAAAUCCCAGAGGGCAAGACUGUCUUCGACUUCCUGCCCACCGAGCUUCAGCAAUCCAAAUACAAGACCCAAUUGGAAGGCAGAUCCAUGCUCAUCCACAAAUUUAAGCUCAUCCCAUUGGAGGUGAUCGUGCGUGGUUUUAUAACCGGAUCUGCAUGGAAAGAAUACCAAAAAUUUGGAACAGUUCAUGGCCAAAAAGCCCCAGAAGGAUUGAAACAGUGUCAAGAGUUCCCCACUCCUAUCUUUACACCUUCAACCAAGGCUGAACAAGGCGAACACGAUGAAAACAUAUCUGAAGCUCAGGCUGCAGAAUUAGUGGGUCCCGAAUUGUGCUCAAGAGUGGCCGAACUCGCCAUCAAGCUGUAUGCUAAAUGCAAGGACUACGCUAAGACCAAGGGCAUCAUAAUAGCUGACACCAAGUUUGAAUUCGGGAUUGACGAAACUACCGACGAGAUUAUUUUGGUCGAUGAAGUACUCACCCCAGACUCUUCCCGUUUCUGGAGCGGUAAGAACUAUGAAAUGGGUAAAGAUCAGGACUCUUACGACAAGCAGUUUUUGAGAAACUGGUUAACCAGUAACAAGUUGAACGGCGUGGAUGGCGUCAAGAUGCCCGAAGAUAUUGUCACAAACACUAGAUCCAAAUAUGUGGAAGCUUACGAGACGCUAACGGGCAACAACUUUUAA